GGAUCUGGAAUCCUUUAAGUGCUAGUCAUCUUAUUUUUAAAAAUCUUUUAAUCUCGUUAACAAAUGGUGGUUUAGUAUCUAUACAUCAGAUUUUUUGUAGGUUUUAGAACAGAUAUAAGAGUUAGUAUAAUAAAUAAUAUGGAAAGAUUCAGUGAUCUCCUGCAACAUAACAGAAACAAUAGUCACACUUCUCAUCACUCCUGUGAACCUGAAUUAAUAGAGUUGAUGCGUCAAAUUGAUGCUAUGAUAUAUGACAAACAAGUAGAAUGGGAAAAACGUAUGCAAGACCUGAAGCACGAAGUGAACCAAAAAAAUAAUGUGCAUGAGAUUCUUCAAAAGUCCUUACAAGAAAAAGAAGACGAAAUUCGGGUUUUGCAUGAAAAUAUAGUGACGGCACAAAAGAAUACAACUCAUAUAGUAAAUAAUUACAAUAACAAAAUGAAGCAACUUAAAAGUGAGUUAAAUGGUUUAAAAAGAAAUUAUCAAAAACUGCUAAAGAAAUUGAGCAGGAAAAGCCAAGACAGUGACAUGCUGCACAUUGACUGUAGAAAAGAAAUUUCAAAAUAUGAAGACAAAAUCAUGCGCAUGAAUUUGCAAACGACAACAAUUGUCAAUAAAAGCGAAUUAAUGCAGCAACAACUGCUGAAUUAUCAGAUGCAAUUAAAUAAAAAAACAAAACUACUGGAAAAAAUGGACAGCAAAAAGGCAAAUGAAAUAAAUAAUAUUGAAAGGAAAAUUUUUGACGCACAAAUGGAAGCAUUGCGGCUGGAAAAUGAUCAUUUGCGAAGCCUCCUUUACCAUAAACAAAAAUAUGUUUACAACAGCGUGUACGAUAUAGGUCCUGACGAUAACGAUAUUGAUAGUGAUAAAGUUUCACACACUUGUAACCUGUCGGAAGCAGACAAUUUGAUUCAAAACGACAACUUUGAAAAUAUGGCACCGUCUUCCCACAAUAUGAAGAAGUAUCCUUAUUACAUGUCUAAUUUUUUGCACAACGAAAUGGAGUACGAAGAAAAACUGGACGCGCAAAUCAACUCAGCUAUUAAUGAAUUUGAUCAGCAUGUAACGAAACUGUUUUUAAAGGUUAAAACAUAGGCUACGCUCAGUUUAUUGCGUUUUGUUUUGCGGUGUUGCCGAGUGAAAUAUAAAAUUAAUUAUUA